CCCGAAACCACUCCCAAAGAGGUGAAAGUUGAUCGACGAAAGCCGCAGUUGAAGGCCAAGACAGAGCCCACGCCUGAACCAAAAGUGGUGACAUCGACUGCAAGACGUGGCGGACGAGCGGCCAAAAGAGGUCGCGCCUCUCCCGUCGCCGCCAACGCAUCCAAAGCUAAUAACGUUAACAGUAAUAGCGAUGGAGAGAACAGUGAGAGUCAAACGGAGGGCGAAUCCAACCGAAAGAGGGGUCGAAAACCGAAGGAACCGAUUAAAGAAGAGGACAGAUAUGUUCCUAACACUGACUCCGCUAAGAGAGGAAUUAUGGCUGAAGGGAGCACUUCGUUGAGACGCAGGGAUCAGAUCAAGUCUAAGGCCCGUUACUCUCCGCCGCCAUUCGAUACGCCUAAAAGGGAGAGAACGGCCAUAAAGUUCCCGUCGACCACUUCCUCGAGUACUCGUUACGUGAAUGAGAGCGACGACGAAGACAUGGUGUCGGUGUCGCCCACUUUCAAACUCACGGCCGAUGUGUCGCCUCCGCGACGGAAAGCCAAUACAAAUCGCGCGAACAGUGAAUCUGUCCACACCAUUGAAAACGUUGGCGUUUCGAAGAUUGGCGACGGAAGCAAACUUGUGGUCACUCUUCCCGACGGAACUAAUAUUAAAGUGGACGCGUCUACGACUAGCACUAAAAAGGUUGCCUUCAAAGGGACCAAAAAAGUAGGCGAAAAGUUGGAAUCGGUUGACAUUGAAUGCGAUGACGCGGGCGCUAAAGCAGACCCAAUGGAUGACGACUAUAAGCCAUCUCGAGGUCGGAAGAGUACAGACGGCAAAACCCCCGGCGAUAAACCCAAAGUGAUUCAAACGUACUCUCGAGUGACUCCCAAACAAACAAUAUCGUCGCCCAAACUGUUAGCGAUAUCUCAAACACAAUUGAAGUCUCAGAUGAGUGGUCAGACAUCGGCGGCCAAAAUAACGCCCAAAUUUGUGACGACACCGUCGGCCCAACCGAAGAAGACUCCGGUGGCGACCACUCAACGCCGCACUACAACACCAAUGACUAAAUACAUCGACGGUUUGCCAGAACUUCACGAAUGCACUCUUGAUGUGGAGAACGACUCGCAGUUAACCAAAUUGCCGGACAAAAUACUACUCCUUCACUCAGAACUGCCACUCAAUCUGGCGCUGAGUGUUGAACACGAAGAGGAGUCGUUCCUAUUCCGGCAGAUCGUGUCGCCAAUGGAGCCGAACCGAUACGUGUGUCUGCUUUGCAAAGGCAUUGACGUGAGCUAUGCGACCAAAGAGGAGAAGGACAUUAUCUCUCACUACCGGACGCUCCACGAGUUGGAUGUCGUGACGGCGAACGCCAAGUUCUCCGAAGACAUUGUCUUCAUAUGUCUGCCGAAGACAAUACUGCAACAGUUGAAGAGCAACAACAACGCGAUCCCAUUGAACGCCCCCUGUCAGUACUGCGGCGAUGAGGUCAGACUCAUUAACAUCGAGAACAUGAAACAGCACUACUGUCUGGAGCACAACAAAGAGGUAACAAUGAUAGAACAGGAAGAGAUCCUUCGGAUGCAUCUCUUCUUCUAUUGCUCGCAAUGCAAACAUCAAUCAAAAGACUUCGAGUCUCAUCACAAGCACAUGAAAGACGAGCACAAAUGCAAGUCAUAUAAAUGCAAGAAUUGCGUCCUCAUUACGCAAGACCUGACUCGCCUCAAGACUCACUUCCGGGCCAAACACAUGAUUAACAAUUCCACUCAGAAUAUGCAGUGCUAUUACUGUCACGGAUUGCUUAUCGGAAUCGAUCGCCUCAAUAAACACAUACAACAGUCUCAUAUGGUUCAGACCGGACCCACAGAGUUCUCAUGCGUGGCCUGUCUUAAGCCGUGCGGUCGCGGCAAAGACUUGCUAACUCACGCCCAGUCGUGUGCAAUGGCUGGACAUAACAACAGGGAUUCCAAAGACAAAGACGAGAAGAGCAAACAAUUGAUGGCCAAAUCGGAGCCCGUGGAGGGCGAGGCCGCCAUCUGUUUUCUAUGCGGCGAUGAGUUUGAGAACAACGAGAUAUGUCUUCUCCAUCAACAUCACGUUCACAUGCGAUGGGUGUCAGAUCUGAGACGGUAUACCAAUACUACGGUUACCGCACAACUCAUUGACCCGCCGUUAGUCAAGGAGCUGACCAUCGAUGACUUGACGCCCGAAGAAGAUCUUAGAAAAUCAAAAGUGGACACAAUUGUGGGUCAUUGGUGUCGAAUGAGUUUUGGUGUCGUCUUAUGGGAACUGAUGAACUGCGAGAUCCCUUAUCGAGACGUUGACUCGUCGGCCAUUAUAUGGGGUGUCGGCAACUCGAGUCUCACUCUACCCGUUGCCACCAAAUGCUUUCCCGAAGGCUUUCAGCUACUGAUGAAACAGUGUUGGAACGCAAAGGCACGCAAUCGGCCCUCAUUUAAGAACAUUAUAAUGCAUAUCGAGAUCGCGGCCAACGAGUUGGUCAACAUUGAACCCGACGAGUACUUUAAGCUGCAGAUCGAUUGGCGCGAAGAGAUUCAGAAUUGUUUGCUGCGAAUGAAGCGAAACGGACGAAGAGAUCUGUCGACUGACGACGAGGCAGAGCUCAUCAAGAAGAGGAAGGAUGAGUUGAGUCACGCGCAGGACAUUCGCGAGCACUACGAACGCAAACUCGAGAGGGCCAACAACUUGUAUAUGGAGUUAACCGCCUGUAUGUUGCAGUUGGAGCAGAAGGAGAAGGAACUGAUCCGCCGCGAAAUGAUGCAAAUGGGCGGUAGGGGUCACUCCAGUAAGAAACAGAUAGUGGGACCACUCCUUCAGGCGGCGCACGAACGCAUCAGCAGCUCUCGGAGGGGCUCUUAUAGACCCGACCAACCCAUUGAAACUCAAUCGCCGAACAAACAGUCGGCGGAGUGCGUGUCGUGUCACGGGUCCGCCCGUUCGCGCAUUAAACGCAACCGACAGCGCCGUAGUAUCAAUUCGCAGACCGGAAGUGGCAAUCAUAGCCAUCUCGCGAACCAGACUCUCAGCUCAACUCUCAAUAACAAUUAUAUCACUUAUAGUCCGCGUCCGAGUCCUCUGCAGGAGAGGAAAAGUUUUGUCGACACAGAAACACAAACUGAUUAUGUGUUGAGCGAAUCCGAUUUAGUCAGCCCUUCCUCAUCAACACUCUCUCCAAUGUCUGCCAUCGGACGCGUCGAGACUGUCAUUGAAAUGGGAGACAACGACAUGAAUAACGGUAUCAUAAGAGGUAUACCAAAGACAAGCACUACUUCCACAUUCGACUCAGGGUUUGACUCUCAGAGCUGUCUGUCGACACCUACUGCCAGAACUAGUGGUCACGACCGAAGCCCUGUGACUCCCAUAUCCGGCAAAUCGAGUUCCGUCGAGACCGACACCGAAGACUCGAACAAAACUAAACUCAAGACUCGCUCAACAAAUAUCACUCAAAACCCGAUCGCGAGUCUCAGUUCAAUCGAUGAGAACGGCGUUAACAGCAAUACAGCCGGCGCUCAACUGGCGAACCAAGACGUGUGUGAUGUGGCCAUUGUUCGCAGAGGGAGUAUCACAUGUCAGCGCAGGUUUGCCGGCAGUCCUUACAUUCCGGACUUCAACAAAAUGGGCCACAAGUCUCAGCCAUAUAUCGGCCAAAGACCUGUCUUACAACACGCCGGAAGCAAUAUAUCGAUUGCGUCGCACAGUUCCAGCUCUGGCAGCGAAGAGGAGGGCGCCGUCGACAGCGAUGACUACGGCAGCCAUCCAUCCCAUCACAAGAGGAAGGGAGGUUUGGCCCAACACUUGAGUCAGCACCGACUCAGCGGUCAAUCCAUUUCCACUCUCAGCUCAGAUGGAAACCUGAGUGACGAAGAAGAGGGCAAUACUAGCGAAUACUCGAGUAAUCAAAACGAUAUGAUCUCUAGUCUUUCAAAUCCGGAUCUGACAAACGCUAACGUAGAGAAUCAGACGCUCAGCGCCAGUACCAGUACGAGUGAUAGCAAAAAGCUGCCAUCGACUCCACACUCACUGUCUUCAACAAACACGACGACAACCAACUCAGACACUGACGAGGUGUCCAACGUUACGGUCGCCACAUCUUAUUUAGUGGUUCACAAACCCAAUAACCCCUAUAACCUCAACAACAAUAACAACGACAACCAGACCGUCACAUCCCAAUCACAAACAUCACAACAAAUACCAAAUAUAUCCAGUGAAACCACUGUCUGGUGAUAUACCAUAUGAUAGCCGUUUGAAUACAUGACUUGCCUCUCAAACGGGUCGAUGAAGAGCGCCGUCGAAAUGUAUUCAACGUUUCAUAUAAUUAGUUGAUAAUUAGGCGCAUAAAUGCAUAAUAUUUUCAAACAUAUGCUUUAUUGUACUGUAAUUCUGAUACCAGAACCCAAACACAUUCCAUAGCGUGUGAUCUGAUGGCUGUGUUGGUCAGAGAUGACCACCGAUUCAUUGCACUCACCAAAGAAAGAGGUGUUCACCCAAUCUCUGACUAACUAACCAUUUAUUAUAUACAGUAAUAAUAGAUUAAUACAACCGUUAUAUAUAAGUAUUGCUUUGCAUUCCAAGACCGAGUCUGUAAUUAAGUUAAGCUAAAAGUACUUUUUUAGUGAAAUCUUCAUUUUUUAUCGUUUUUAGACAUUAUAUACAUAAGAAUGAACCCUAUAUUAUGAAAUGACAGCGAUUUCCAAUUACACACUAUUGAUAUAAUAUAACAUUCCGUUUGUUUAUCUAUAUUCCGAA